AUGCCGCUACAAGACGUUUCCAAUGAUCCCCACAUGCUUGAUUGGCUACACACAGCCGGACAUGGUCAUCUGUUAGGUGAUCAAUCCCAUUCGAGUUCAGCUCCACAUCCAGCUACAACUAGUGGUGAGGCGACUAACUAUACUCAUCAGCCCGAUUCUUCUCCCAUACAUAGUGGGGAUCAUCAUCUUGAUGCACCACAACACUCACCAUCUCCGCAUUUUCAAACAUCAAACUCGGGUAAUCCGCCAACGUCAUUCCAUCAGACCUCUUACGGAGGUUCACCAUCUUCUCACUUUCAAACAUCAAACUCGAGUAAUCCGCCAGCGUCAUUCCAUCAGACCUCUUACGGAAGUUCACCGCCUCCUCCUACUAUACUACCCCCAUUACUGUCUCAUCCGCAAGCAAACUAUGGCGGCAUAACGUCGAAUAGUCCAACACGGUUUACUUCAUCGCCAAUGAAUUAUGAUAGUACACACUUUCUUAAUUCUGGCAAUCACCAACAAAUGGAUGUAGAUAUUGAAGCACUGCGUCGUGAUCCAAAUACAAAAGUAGUGCAACGACCACCAGCUGAAGAUGUUGUCUAUAAACAGCGAGUAUUCGUUCGUUAUCUUCAACCACCGACACCACCUGUGAGUGGGACAAUUAUUGUUCGAGAAAAACAAGCGCCUCCUCCAGCACCCGAUCCGCCUUGA